AUGUCGUUAAGGAAAUUUGAACACAAUGAGCUACCUUUAAACAACACACCGCGUAAUAUUGCUCCUUUGGAUUUUGUUGAUGUUGAUCCAAACUAUCACAUCUUGAAAGAAUGUUUCCCUGAAUUUCCUGGGGGUCAAAUCUUUGAUGCUUUAGAAUAUGGUGAAGGUGAUUUAAACAAAGCUAGUGAAUAUUUAAUCAGUGGUAUGGGCUCAAAGGGAUCUGAUGAUGGUGAUGAUGAGGAAGAAGAGGAGGAAGAAGUUGAUGUUGAUUCUCAAGAUUAUAAAAUAUUAUCCCUAGCUGAAAUGUUCCCAGAUUAUAAAGUUGAAGAUAUAACAAAUGCUUUAAAAGAAUCAAAUUAUGACUUUGAACAAGCUUCAGAUCUAUUAUUAAACCAAGGCUUUAUCCAUCAAAUACAAAAUGAAUUGAAAAUCCAAGAUGAAUUAACUUCAAAAGUUGAAUCAUCAAAUAGAACUUGGGCUUCAAUAAAUGAUGAAAUUUCAGAAAUUAUGUCAUUAACUGAAAUGACUGAUACAAAUGAAGUUAAAAGUUAUUAUCAUCAAAAUGGUCGUAAAAUGGCUGAAACUUUAAUUGAUAUAAUAUAUAAUCAAAGAGAUAAAGAAGAAAAGGAAAGACAACAAAAAGAAAGAUCAAAAUUGAAACAAAGAUCAUUACCAAGAGGUGGUAGAGUUCAAACAAAUAAUAAAAACACAGGAAAUAACAAUUUCAAUGCAUAUACAUCAUUAGAAAAUAACAAGACCAAGACAACAAUCGAUGAAAAACCUUAUAUAUUAGAUGAAAAUAGUACAGAAUUAGCAGAGUUAUCAUCAUUAAUUAAUGAAGAUCCAAGACUAUUAAAUAUUAGUUGGGAAUUUAAUGAAAAAGUUUUAAUUCAUUUUAAAGGUUCAGUUCAAAAAUCAAUGAAUUUAAUUUUAAAAAUUAUUGAAAAUCCAGAAAAUGUUUCCAAAACAUUUAGAGAUGAAGAAAGUUUAAAACUUUUACAACAACAACAACAACAACAAUCAAAUUUCCAUACAGCAACAACAAAUAGUUUACUACAAGAAUCAAAAUUUAAACCAGUUUUAAAUAAACCAAAAUAUCAAACUUCAUAUAAAUAUACUAAAUUAGAUAAUGAUUUAGAUAAAUUUCAAUAUAAAUUAAGAAGAGAUCAAUUAAAUAAUUGCAAAAAAGAUAAUAGAUUAGAUUUACAUAGAUUUCAUGUGGGAAACGCAAAAGCGACAACAAUGAUUGCAUUAGAUGAAUGGUGGGAAGAUGAAUUAAGAGCAAGAGAAUUAAUUGGGAAAUCAGAUUCUGGAUUUAAAGCAAGAGAAACUGAUCCUUUUAUUGUAAUCACAGGGAAAGGUUUACAUAGUGAUGGAGGUGUUUCAAAGAUUAGAGCAAGUAUUAAAGCUUUAUUAAAUAAAUCUAGAUAUAAAUUCUUGGAAGAAGAAGCAAGAUUUGUUGUUAUAGGACUGAAAAGAUUAUGA